UUAAAACGGUUUGGAAAAUGUUAAUUGAAAGUGCCCGUAUAACGACAAAGAUGCUACUCUACACGCUAUUGUUAUCAUUUUAUGUGACAUCCCCUGUAUUGGGGUUGAUGAAAGUGUCAACUUACAAUUUAUGGAAUAUAAUGUUUAACUGGGAUGUUAGAAAAUAUAGAAUAGCAAGAAUGAUAAAAAAGGAGCAGUUGGAUAUAAUUGGAUUCCAGGAGGUGAGAUUUGACUCGAAGACUGGAAGGAAUCAGGUGUCCGACCUCCAGAAGCUUUUACCGGAAUACCAGUGGCUGUAUGUCAGUAAAGCCAACGAUGUGAUGCAAAAAGAGAAUGCUAUACACAAUGGAUGGGAGGGGGAAGGUAUUGGAAUUCUUAGUAGAUAUCCUAUUGUAACAGCUAGCAGGAAAGUUGUUCCAUACCAGCAGGGUCCAGAUACAAACAGACGAGUAAUAAUCCACGCAAAAGUCCGAACAGACAAUUCUGGGAUCUUGGAUGUUUUUGUAGUCCACUUCUCAUAUGUAAGAAAACAACAGUGUGAAAAUGCUGAUACCCUCUUGAAAUUGCUUAGAGAGAGAAGCUUUCGGUAUAUUAUCAUUCUUGGAGAUUUAAACAUCUACAAAGAUUACGAAUGGCCUAUAAAACUCCUGACAUCUAAAAGCAAAUUGGAGUUCAAAGGUUGUACUUCUCAGCUGGAGAGUUUCCGCAGAAGGAGGAAAACAUUUUUUGAUGCUUGGACAGAAGUUCAUGAAUCUGAAGAAGAAGAAGAAGAAGGAUAUACAUUCAGCAAUAUGCCUUCUCCAGGUUUACAUAGUCGACCAGAUAGAAUUAUUGUGAAUUCAAAGAUCGAGGUGAAGUCUGUCACCCUCUCUGGUGAUGGCUCCUUCUACAAAAAUAUGUACAGUUCCAGCAUACGAUUUCAUCGGAUGAAAGCCUUGAUCCACCACUCAUAUCUCAGCUAUAAGGGAGUAAAAGGUUAUCCGUGCACUCAGGAUUGUGGGCCAAACGGAUCAUGCCGAUGUGGAAUGUGUGUAAAGGGAGAUAAUUCUAAUAACUGUGAUUUACCAGACUGCCAAGAAUGUAGCCAUGACAUCUUUCAGAAUAUUUUACUAUACAGCUUUCUUUUUGUUAUUGUAUGUUUUCAUUUGUUUUAUGCUUUACUAACUAUAUUUAUAAAUGGAGCAGAUUUUCGGAAGGAGGCUGUUUUUCAGAUCCUCGGCUGUAAUUGUUGUCUGUGUCAUCCUGAUAAUUUUAAAAUGCGGCACGCGCCCUCCAGAAAUCGAUUAUACAGAUGUUGCAGAAGGUGGCCUGUUUUUAGACUACCUCCAUUUUAUUUAUUAAUCAUUUGUAUCUUUAUCUUAAGUUUAGCAUUUUAUAACUUUAAUAAGGUAUUUGAGAGAUCUUUUAGUACUAUCUCUCAAGUAAUGGACGAAGAAUACUUCCCUUCAGAUCAUCUUAUGCUAAGUGCUGUGAUAUCUCUGUAACCAUGGUAACCAUAAUGACAUUUUAAAUUCAAACAUUCAAGUCCCAGUUUUUACAUGUUGUGCAAUAUGCAAUGUUUUAGUUUUGCUUUACAUGUUUUGAUUUUUACCCAUUGUACAUGUACAUACAUGUAGUAUGGUGUUUUCUGGUACCUUGCCUCAACAAAUUAAAUGACAGGAGAGAGGUAAUACAAGUAUGUCUGAAUUUUUAUCAUGUCCUGUAUAACAUGGUAUAUGUAUAUAUAACCUCCAUAUUUACAUAAUGAUUGAUUGACUGGUGUGAGAUAUAUUUGUAUGAAGUAUGAAUAAUUGUAAAAAUGUAUGUGGUAUGCUUUUCUUCUUUUUCUGGCAUGUUUAACAUGUUUAAAUUGCAUCAUAAUUUGAAAGUUUUCUGUGAUUUAUGACAAAAAUUGUCAAUUCUUGUGUGCCAUCUUAAAAUUUUACAGAAUGCAAUAAAGAUUAUAUUAAGCCGUACUGACUUCAAAGAAUAUAACCCAGGACCCAGCUAGGUAGGGACUGGUCAUGUCUUUUCCAUGCACACUUUAUCAUAAAAGUAGCUUUAGGUGCUUGUUCUAGAAUAAAUCAGUGGGAGGGACCAGGGUAUGUACUGUCUGUUAGUUUCAAUGGGAAAUUGGUGAUGCAUGCAGAUUUAUACAUUAAUGACUUUUCUGUAAAAACUGUAAAAGGAGUAAUUUUAUUUACACCAAGAUAUUGGGAGAAAUUUUACACUAGAUACGAUCAAGGUAGACUUGCAAUUGCAUACAAUAACCCCGCAUGUAUGUUUACAAAAAUUAAAACUUCAAAGUGGUAUACCACACAACCAUGUAUUUAAUACCUAAACAUACAUGUAUUGUUUGCCAAUUGAAAAGCACAGCGUAAAUGACUACAUUGUACCUUUGCAGUAUUCCAUCAUUACGAAAAAAAUUGUCAUGAAUAAUUAAAAUUCCAAAGCAUUAAUACUGAAUACUUUUAUGUUAUACUGUGAUAGAUUUGAUGGAUGCUUCAUUGGUGCUUAUGAUUCAGUGUGUUAAAAGACCAGAUACAGAGGACAUUAAAGUGUAGAAAUAUUUGUUGAAACAGCUAGUAUUGUUUAUACAAUUAAAAAAAUAUAGGGUCAGUUUUCGAUUUCGAAAUGUGUGCAUGCUACUUCAAUGUCCAAUGUACUAAUAUUGAAUGUCAUUCUUGUGACUUGUUUAUGAUUUAAUUUCAUUACAUGUAAUAAAAUAAAUAAAUCAUAAAUAAUACCCAGAAAGCUGAAAAUUUCUGCUUCCAGUUUAUGCCAACAAAGAUCACUUUCCAAAAGGCCAAUGCUGCCUCUUAGAGCUUCUGUAAUGAACAUUAAUCAAUAAUUUUUUUUUUACUGUUGUUUUGUUUGUUUGUUUUUUCGGCUUUUGAUCUGAAUUAUUGCAGUUGAUUUUCAUUGGAGUCAUUAAAAGAUACUCUCAUCCUCACAACAUCACUGGAGUUUGUGGGAUGAGUCGACAUGGGACCUUUGACAUGAGGAAUGAGAUGCUCCAUUUACACACAUUUGUUUUAAAUUUGAACUAGAAAACUAUGUGACAGCGCGUAAUAAAAAUGAUAACUACCAACAAUCCCCACUUCUUUUUCAUUUAAUGAAGUUAACACGUACUGUUACAGUAUGCAAAAAUAUCACGAAUCCUCCGAUGUGUGAAUGCAGGCUUUCAAUGACCUUACCCAGUCACUAAGGCCUCCUCAAUUAAUUUUAAUACUUUUGUAGGACUUUGCAAAAAAUUCAUGUACCGGUAAUUCUUCUAUAUUGAUGACAUGCAACAAAUGAAAAGCAUCGCAAAAGAUUUUUACACCAAUUUUCUUGUUAAACUCAUGCUCUCCCCAAAAGAUUACCAGUACAUGUAAGUACUAGUAUUUUUAAAACAUAUGCUUAUAAAAAUGUCUAAAGUAUAGGUGUCUAUUUUUUAUUUAAUGCAAAUCUUUACUGCAAUAAGAAUGUAAAAUUUGGAGGAUGGGCAAUGGAUAUGUACAUGUAACUAAACCCUAUCCCUUUUUGCAGUUAAAUAGGGAUAGUUUCAAAAAUCAACUUGGCACAGAUUAAUGCAUGUAUUAUAAAUUGGAUAAGAAAAUCAUAAACUACAAUGUUGCUCCAUUUAUAGUCUUCAGUUGAUAUUUAUUUUCUUUUACUGUACUUUAAUAAUAAGAUUAAUUUCAUGUAAAAAGGCAGCUUUCUGUGCGAUUCAAUGAGCGAUUAUUGGUUCGCUUUAAAUAAACUCAUCAGCAUCGUAAUAAAUACGAUUCACUCCUAUCUGGAUAAAGCUACAUGUAUGCAGACUCAGGACCGUGGCUUGAGACAAUAUUACCCAUAAAUCUGAUGUUUAAAAACAUAUAAAUUCUGCAUUUAUAAUGAGUGACGAUUGUCUCUAGUUGGUAAUGUAACAAUUGUUGCUCUAUAUUCUAUCCAUCCACUUGUUGCUGAUCCUCUGUCAAUAUGUUAUUACAUGUACACAUAUCAACGCGAGAGGGCUAUUGAUUGUAUAUAAUAUACAGGUAUGUAACCCAAAAACUCAGAAAAAGGCCUUCACUCCACACAAUUAUUUUAGCUGUAAAAUUUAUUUUAUUGUGUGUGCCUAAAGCACAAAUUAUUUUUCUGUAUUCAGGAGCAGAUACUUAGUAUAAACAAAAAACAAACCAAAAAAUAGGGAAACAUUCUCAAUUUAUGUGUAGAGAGGUAAAUAACAUGAUUUUAACAAACAACAGACUUUGUUUUUUUUAAAGAUGUAUCAUCAUGUUAAAAUCUUUCACGAUGGAUUUGAUCUUAUAAAUUUACUACUUUUACAAAAGUAAUUUAUAUACUGUACAUUUUAUCUUUAAAAAUUCUAUUCAUUUUCCAUCCUUUAUCAAAAGAUUGCAAAAUAUGAAUGUACAUGUAUAUGAUAACAAUCUGAGUAGAUAAGUACCAGUUCUCUACAGAAGUAACAGGACUUUGACACAAAAAAUAGUUCUGGAACCACUCUAAACAGCAAAUACAUGUAUACAAGACCAUUUAUUUACAAGCAUCCUUUUACACCUGGGUGGUCAAAUAGUUUUGUUUUACAUGUUAACAUAGCACAUGGUUUCAAAAUUUAGAAUAAUUUAAUCUUUAAUUUAAUUUCUAUCACCCCCAUUCAUUCCUACCAGUUUAAUAUGUAUAAAUUUUUUUUAAAAAAAUAUGAGUAUAAAAAUAAAAAUAAUGUUGCUAAAAAAAAAAUGCCAUUUUUUU